GCUGGGGGGGGAGAGACGGCGGGGGGCGGGCCGGGGGAGGGUCCGCGGGCGGGGCGGGCGGCUCCCCACGCGCCUCCCCACGCGCCUCCCCACGCGCCUCCCCGCCGGCGGCCGUCGCCUCACCGCACAGCGCCAUGGAUGAGUUCCACCCAUUCAUCGAGGCGCUGCUGCCACACGUGCGCGCCUUUGCCUACACCUGGUUCAACCUGCAGGCGCGGAAGCGCAAGUACUUCAAGAAGCAUGAGAAGCGCAUGUCCAAGGACGAGGAACGCGCGGUGAAGGACGAGCUGCUGGGUGAGAAGGCCGAGGUAAAGCAGAAGUGGGCAUCGCGGCUGCUGGCCAAGCUGCGCAAGGACAUCAGGCCCGAGUGCCGUGAAGACUUCGUGCUAGCCGUGACCGGCAAAAAGGCACCGGGCUGUGUGCUCUCCAACCCAGACCAGAAGGGCAAGAUGCGGCGCAUCGACUGCCUGCGCCAGGCCGACAAGGUGUGGCGCCUGGACCUGGUCAUGGUCAUCCUGUUCAAGGGCAUCCCAUUGGAGAGCACGGACGGCGAACGGCUGGUGAAGGCGGCCGCGUGCGCGCACCCUGUACUGUGCGUUCAGCCACACCACAUUGGGGUGGCUGUCAAGGAGCUGGACCUGUACCUGGCAUACUUUGUGCGUGAGCGUGAUGCAGAGCAGAGCAGCAGCCCGCGGACAGGAGUGGGCUCUGACCAGGAGGACAGCAAGCCUAUCACGCUGGACACCACGGACUUCCAGGAGAGCUUCGUCACAUCCGGCGUGUUCAGUGUCACAGAGCUGAUCCAGGUGUCCCGGACACCUGUAGUGACCGGAACUGGACCCAACUUCUCCCUGGGAGAGCUGCAGGGCCACCUGGCCUAUGACCUGAACCCGGCCAGCGCUGGCAUGAGGAGGACUCUACCCAGCACCUCCUCCAGCGGGAGCAAGCGGCACAAGUCGGGCUCCAUGGAGGAGGACGUGGACACGAGUCCCGGCGGCGACUACUAUACCUCGCCCAGCUCGCCCACGAGUAGCAGCCGCAACUGGACAGAGGACAUGGAGGGAGGCAUCUCCUCCCCGGUGAAGAAGACUGAGAUGGACAAAUCUCCCUUCAACAGCCCAUCCCCCCAGGACUCCCCCCGGCUCUCCAGCUUCACACAGCACCACAGGCCCGUCAUUGCAGUGCACAGCGGGAUUGCGAGGAGUCCCCACCCAUCCUCUGCCCUGCACUUCCCUGCGACGUCCAUUCUUCCUCAGACGGCCUCCACCUACUUUCCCCACACAGCCAUCCGGUACCCACCACAUCUCAACCCCCAGGACCCGCUCAAGGAUCUGGUGUCCCUGGCCUGUGACCCGGCCACCCAGCAGCCUGGACCGCCUGCUCUCCGCCCGGCACGUCCCCUGCAAACAGUCCCUUUGUGGGAUUAGGACGGAGGGAUCCUCUUGCAGGACAGUCCUGGUACCUGGGAUAGCCAAGGUCACCCUCCCACGUCUCCAUGGCCGGGGAGUCCCAGAGGUGAUGGCCCAAGCCUGCAUUUUCAGUGAAAAAUUAAAAUGAGCAAGAAGCUCCUUGCCGACUCCCAGCAACUGAAAAGACAGAUACACAGGAAGAGAAAAGGACAAAAAACAAACAGGAACAAAGAGGAAAGAGGAAAACCUUCCCAACCGAGACAGCAAAAAGAUGGGAGCUCCGUCUCUGUGGCGCCUGUUGAUGGAUGGCUGCCUGCGGCCCUCUGUACCCCAAGGACCCUGCCAUCACCCCAGACUAGGCCAGCCCGGCCUGGCACCCACACCCAGCAUCAACAGAUGGACAGAGUGGACGGGGUGGGCCACCCAGCCCAGCCACCUCUCCCCAGACCUCUGCCGCCAGCCACCAGUGCCAGCCUCGGGAGACCUCUGCUGGCCGUCCCCACCGACGGUGUUUGCCAAAGACAGGAGGCUGGAGGCGGUGCUGGCAGAGGUGGAUGCGACCCCAAUGCUGGCAGCAGAGUCCUGGAGAGCACGCAGAGCUGCCCAGCUGCCCAGCGCUGGCCCUGCAGGGGACAGAUGUGCCACAGGUACUUUGGGACCCCUGGGAGGGUCCUGCAUCAGCCUCCGCCUCGGCCCUCUGGUCCCCUCUCCUUGCGGACCUCGUUUGGAAGGACACAUCUCUCUAUGCAAUUUGUCCCCAGCCCCACCCUGGCAUGAGAGGCCAUGCAGUUCCCAACCCCCGGCCUUCUCCUCUCGCACAUGGAAGUAUCAGCACUUUGAGAAACAGAGGUGAGGGAGCCGGGACCCCCCCACACCCAGGCCCCUGGAGGCGGGAGGUGCCACGAUCUAAGUGCCUAACCCCUCCGCCCACCCGCCGACCCCUCAUCCAUCAGGGACACAGAGUGGCCAGGGCACCCCCCCUCGUCCCCAUGCACCCCAGCUCCUCAUCGCCGCACGCCCUCUAAGCUAGAGAGACGGGACCCCAGGGAUAGAGCUGGGUGUUCCCAAACCCAGGCUGGGGCUGUGUGCUGUCCCCUACACUUCUGCCAGUGCCUUACUUCCUGGAGACCCACCCUGGGGUGCCUCACUGCAGGGGGAUGCCCCCUUUGCACUUUGACCCCCUGAUGAUGUGGGGCCCGGCACAGGGACCAAGAAGGCUGGUGGAAGUGCUCCCGGACCCCGGGUGGGAGGGCUCUGUGAGUGAUGGGGUGAUGGGGUGGCAGGUUCCCCCAUCUGCUAUUCAAACUCCACUGACCUAGAUAAAAAGAACACUAAGAUGGAGCGCAAGCUUCAUACCCAAACCCCAGCUCUGCAGCCCCCAAAGCACCCACCUGGGUCCCCAUCUCAGGUGGGCUUCCCUGAGAGGGAAAGUUGGGUAUUUUAGGGGCAAUGAACCCACAAAGGGCCCUCCUGUCCAAUCACCCAUCUUAGCCCCAUCAUGCCUAUGUCCCCUGCCCACAAAGGCACCAAGCCAUCACCCUAGCAGAGCCCUCAGGGCCAGGCCCCAUCCCACUGUCCUGGGGACAGGGCAAGGCCACUUGAACAUACCAAGCCCCCCAAGAUGCUUACCCAGCCUUUGAGGUCUCAAACCCCAUUCAUCUGUCCGUCCGUCCUCAGGGACCCUCCAGCAGGGAGGACCAUUGGGGACAUCGCGGAGGUCACUGUCCAGGUGUAGGGCUGAGGCCAAUGGGUGUGGGACAGCUUGUCUGUCCCCAGGGUGGAUCUGGCCAGACCCUCUUGACCCCUCCCAAGCCAGCCAGCUGGGUCCCCCAGGGGUCAGGACAGAACCAACUAUUUACCUAACUGCAUGGUGCUUAAAGCCCCGCGACACCCAAGACUCUCCCCCCCCUCCCGGGCUGCUGCGUGCAUGACAGCUCCACCCGGUCUGCCCCACCCUGCCCGCGCCCCUCACCGCCUCUACUAAAAAAGGAAAAAAAGGAUACACAAAAAAUUAUAUAUAUAUCCUUACCAAAAAAAAAAAAAAAACAUUAUUUCCGAAUUUGCACGAACUUUCUACCACAACAUGUGCCUUGCUCUCCCGAGGACAAGUAUUAACUUUUAAUAAUAUCCGCGCACACAGACGCAUGCCCUGCACGCAUAGUUACAAACAGACAAGCGAUUACAUGAAAUAAAAAAUAAAAAUCCAAAAGGGUGGUAUUUCUAUUUGUAAAAGAAAAAUCAAAAGAAGAAAGAAAAAAUUUUUAUAAAAGAAAAAAAAAAAAAAAGACUGGGCAUGGUAGCUGGUGGCAUACACCUGUGAUCCCAGCCCUUGGGAAGCUGAGGCAGAAGGAUUGCUGUGAGUUCCAGGUCCAGCCUGGGCUAGAGUGAGCCGCUGCCUCAAGUGAAAGAAAAAAAGGAAGGAACCAAAAAACACUGUUAAGGAAGUCACGAUACUGAUACUGGUCAUGGUUUGCGGAUUCCCCCCUCACCUCCCCACCCUAGCCCCUCAAACUGGGGGACAGGACUCUCCCUGGUGCUCAUUUGCCACCCCAGUUCUGAGGUGUCCCCAAGUCCCCUGCCCUGGGGGUAGGGCUCUCAGGCCCUUCCCCUUCAACCCUCCCACCCCAGAGAAAGCCUGGGGGCCGUCCUGUCCCUUCCUCUGUCUUCCUGCUAACCCACAAAGCUGAAUAUAUGCAAUAUCCGUCUGUGUGUCUGUGGGUUGAGCUCAGCUGUGGGGCAUCCCCAGCCAGGGCACCGGGGACACAAUGGUCUCUGUCCUGCUGGAAAGGCCUUUGUCAUGUCCAUGAUUACAGUUUUUCUUUUCUCUUU